UCUGCGAACAUGACAAUUUAGUUUCAUUGACACUCAGUCUGUGUUAAGUUUGAAUCGAGUGCUCAGCAAGAUAUAUCUACGUACAUGAACACGCAAACAAAUAUCAACCUAGAGAGAGUUGUAAAGAUAGAGCUCAAGAAGUAAAAUGUCAAACAUUUCGACAUUAUUAUUAUUAUUAUGCAUCUGUAUUAUUUUUAUCAACGCGGUGCAAUUCGAAACAGUUUACGAAUGGAAAUACUUCGAUUAUGAAUGGGAAAACGCCAGUCACAAGGAAGCAGCAAUCGCAUCGGGCGAUUACAAUUACACAAGGCCCCUGGUUAUCGAUACCGACGUUUCGAAAGACGGAAGGGUCUUUAUAACUAUCAUAAGAACUGACGGCGUUCCGUCGAGUUUGAACACUGUUGGUCGACAUCAUGGCCCGAGUGGUCCUCUCCUACGGCCAUACCCCAAUUGGAAAUGGACUAAAAGAGGCGAUUGCAACGGGAUUACUAGUGUUUAUAGAGUUGCGAUCGAUCCUUGCAACAGAUUAUGGGUCUUAGACAAUGGUAAAAUCGGACAAAAAGUAGUGUGUUCCGCACAGCUGCUCGUUUUCGAUCUCAGUACAGAUAAAUUAAUUAAAAGAAUAAAAAUACCGGAUCAUCUCGCACAAAAUUCCGAGACGAAAGUCGGCAAACUGAUUACUCCAAUUGUCGAGACACACGGACUCCAUUGUACAGAUGUAACGGUGUACAUGGCGGACGUCACAGGAUACGGGCUUGUAAUCUAUGACCGUGGGCAAAUGUGGAGACUGGAGUCGAAAGAAUUUCGUGCAGAUCCAGCUGUUUCAAAUUACACUAUUAUGGGCGAAAGUUUUACACUGCAGGACGGCCUUCUGGGAAUGGCGAAGCAUCCGGAUGUGCCCGUUCUCUAUUUCAGACCCAUGUCUUCUCAUAAUAUGCACAGUGCGAGCACUACUGAUCUGAAAAGAUCGCGAUAUGGCUUUAAAGUGCGCUACCGCACGAUACGAGAUGUUAUUCCUAGCCAGGCCGCAGCUAUGGCUAUAUCGUCCGGUGGUAUAUUAUUCUUUGGUUUACCCACGGAAGUAUCCUUAGCAUGUUGGAACACCUGCAAGCCGCUCGAUAAAAACAGCUUGGGUAUCGUCGCUCACGAUCAGGAGAGGUUCCAAUUCGUUAGCGGCAUUAAAAUAAUACCAGAAUGUAUCACAGGUGCAAAUGAAGAAGUUUGGUUAGUGACUGAUCGUAUACAGAAAUAUAUGGCUGGUACGACGAAUUUUACAGAAAUAAAUUUCCGUGUUAUGAGAGCGGAUGUCGCUCAGUUGAUAGCUGAUACUGUUUGUGACUCACCGUAACAAUAAAGACUAUUAUAGGUACAAAAUAAAAAUUUAAUAAAUUUACUUUUAACAUGAAAGAAUAAUUGAUUUGAUCAGGGAAAACCUCUUAGAAAAGUAUUUAAACUCAUAAAUAUUUCAAAAAUUAAAUUAAUUAACGUUAAACUUACUAAUGUACUUGUUUACACAAUUUACGCAUGAGGAAAAGCCUUUUUCUGCUGGUUGAUAAAACUAGAUACUUCUUGAUAUCUACGUCGAAGGAAUUUUAAUUUUUAAAUUCGUUACAAGCGCUCGGUCAUUCGCAUGUAAUAGAUAAAUUGCGAUAUUUAAAUCAUUGACAGGUAAUAUGUACGCUUAGUAUAUGCGUUUAAGGCAUAAGUGCGUUUUAGGAGAAAGUUGCUUCGAAGAAAAUCUAGUAUUACGCAAAAAUUGCGUCAUAGGCACAAAAAUUGCGUCUAAUAUCGGAGUGUCUAUUUAUCGCUUCUAGCGGGUUUAUAUCUAACAAGUUUUUAAAAAACGCUGUGAUGUGUUACGACGUGCCGAACAAUCGAAUAUUAAAUUAAAUUUGACUUGCAACGAGAAAUAUAUAAUCCAGUAAAAAAUUAUUUAUAUUCAGCGUAAUAUGUCA